AUGGGAGCCUUACAUGCUGGACACUGCUCUUUGGUUUCACAGUCGCUUAGUGAAAAUGAUCGGACAGUGGUUUCGAUAUUUGUUAACCCAUCUCAGUUUGCUCCGCAUGAAGAUCUAGAAGCGUAUCCUAGAUCACUCGAUACUGACAUGGAAACCUUAUCCAAUUUCAAGGGUAAAAAAGUAGAUGCAAUUUUUGUUCCAAAGGUUUCGGAGAUGUAUCCAUCAGGAAUAACUUUGGACGUUAAUAAGCAAAGAGGUGCUUUCGUUUCUGUUUUAGGCUGUUCAGAACAAUUAGAGGGAGCUCAGAGGCCACAAUUUUUCCGAGGUGUGGCAACUAUAGUUACUAAGUUGUUAAAUGUUGUAACUCCAGAUCAGAUCUAUUUUGGCCAAAAGGACGCUCAGCAAUACGUUGUAAUUAAAAACUUAGUCAAAGAUUUGUUGAUUAACACCAAAGUGAGAGUCUUGCCAACUUCAAGAGAACCUUAUGGAUUGGCUUUAUCGUCUAGAAAUGCAUACUUAACUGAUCCUGCAAAGAAAAGAGCUGCUGUCAUAUAUGAAGCUUUACAAAACGGUGAAAUAUAUUACAAUACGCAUUCACAAAGUAUGCGUGUUAAGUCAUCGGAAAUAAUAGAGCGUAUCAUGUCAAUAUUCAAUAAGGCGGACUUCGAAUUUGAAAUGGAAUACCUUGCCGUAAGUCAUCCAGAAUCUUUAGAAGAUUUAGAAUAUGUGGAACCUGGAGUCGGCGCAAUUGUUUCUACUGCUAUAAGGGUUCCUAAAGAAAAUAGCACCGAAAAAAUCAGAUUGCUUGAUAAUAUUUUGCUCAACUAA